AUGAGCAAGUCGGCUACCAAUUUUGCCAGCCGCUACAAAAAGGACCUGAGCAUCGAGGCUCUCAAGGCGAAACUGGUCCACAGGAAGUCCGUCUCGCAAAAGGAGAGCCGGCACAAGCAUUUCGAUAAGGGCAGGCAGUUCGGACUGGCAGAUGUCAACACGCAGCACGCCAGAGACAAGGAGCUUUCUCGUCUGGAGGAGACGGGCGAAGGGCGCUCUCCGGAGAAGAGCAAGGGGAAGCCGAAACAAAUACCAGAUGCCAAGAUUUGUGGGAAGGAGCGCAGGGAAAUGCUCCAGCGUUACAAGGCUGAGAAAGAACUCCGGAAACUGAAAGAGCAAAGAGAGAAGCCCAUCUUUAAGUGUGGGCGAUACAAGCCGGAAAUGCCUUCCUUUCUGCCGCAACCAUCACAGAUUCCAGUGCUGAGCAAGCCAAAGGAGAAGGCGGUGGCACCUCCAGUGCGGGUAACAAGAUCGAAGGCGAAGAGCGUCUUGGAAGAAACGGCAAAGCCCCCUCCGAGACUCCAGGCUUCCACGGUUUUGCCAAAGUGUACCAGUAAGGGCUCUGGGCUUCAACCCCCUCAAUGUAGACAGCAGCACAUCUAUGUGGACAAACCUGCCAAAAAAGAGAGCAAAGGGGCUCAGCCUGCAGUGCCCCCCAACCCCAGUGGAAGGAUGACGAGAGCGACGGCUGCCGCCAUGUCCAAGCUCCCGCAGGUCUUGAAACCAGCUGUGACUGCAGGAAAUCUGGCAGAGAAACGGGUGACACACAAAGGAAAGCGGCAGAUGGAGAACAAAAACAAAGAGGCGUUACAUGAUGUGAAAGAGGACGAUCCGACGGAGCCGAUAGAAGAGGGGGCUGCCUUUCAACUUGCUGCGACUGAAGACGCCCAGGAGGCCGAAGCCUCCCCAGAAAAGGAAAACGUGCCGGCGCCUGAGGCCCCAGUUCUUCCUCCGAGGAGAAUGCACUCGUUCGCCCCUCAGAACUUUGUCUUUAAGCCUCUGGAGGGCCUGGCCUCUUUCAAGGUCUCGCCCAUGACCCCGUCCCGGGCCAGUGUGUUCCUGUGUCCCAGUCUCACGUGGAAUCCUACCAAGACCACCAGUGAAGUCCCUAUGGAAGAUGCGAAGGAAACCGCACCACAGGACAGUUGUUCAGAAAGCGAACCUUCCCCUGUGCCAGAAGCGACUAAAGAGGACCUCCCAGAAUCUCCGCCUGCCCUGGAGCCUCAGGAGGAUAAGAUGGAACCCGGGUUGAAAGAAAAGACGAUGGCUGUUACUAGUGAAACAGAGAUCGAUCAGCGGCUUACCGACCUUCCCGCACCUGAAACUUCAGAGCUGAUGGGAGAACCGCAGCAUGAUGUGCCUUAUUUCAGAAACAUUCUUCACUCCGAAACAGAGAGGCUGACCUCACGUUGUCUUGAAUGGGACGGAACCGCCGAGAUGGACAUCCCAGAGGAAGCGAAAGAUCUUGUCCGAACAACUGUCGGGCAAACCAGGCUGCUCAUAGCAGAGAGGUUCAGGCAGUUCCAAGGGCUGGUGGACAACUGCGAGUUCAGACGCGGCGAGAAGGAGACGAUGUGUUCGGACCUGGAUGGAUUCUGGGACAUGGUCGCCUUCCAGGUAGAAGAUGUGAACAAAAAAUUUGAGGACUUGAGAAAGCUUCAGGAGAACGGGUGGCAAAUGGUAGACAACGAUCAGACCAAGCGAAUCACCAAGAAGAAGACCGCCCCCCAAAGGGCCACCAGAGCAACCGGCCGGUCUGUCGGGAAGACUGCUGCCCGAAAACGCCUUGCGGCCAUCAAGGCGAUGAUGAAGAAUAAGACGAAACCAGAGGGAGUGGUGGCGAGGCAAGAAAUGCCGAAGGAGGAAGAAGAGAAGAUUACCUUUGAUGGAGGGUUUUUCCGGGUCGAAUCUCCUGCCAGGUCUUUCCCAGGCCAGACCCCCAAAUCGGCAAGCCGGUCUUCCCAGCGGGCUUCCAGACAGGCAACUCCGAGAUCCAUCAGCCGAGCCUUUCUUCAGAGUUGUGCAGACACCUGCGUCGCAAGACUGGGCACUCCAGCAGCAGCCAGAAGUUGCCCCCCUUUGCCUGACCUGGACGCGUCUGCGGGCCCUUCUCAAACUGAUCUCCUCGGCCGCAUUUCUGACCAAAGUGAUGUAGAAGCUGCAGUGGGAACUGAUGCCGCAGCGGACAGAGUGGUGGAAGAAACCGACGAAUCACGAACUGCCUCCGCUGUUGGCACCUCUCCUCAUUCUAGUGACGUGGAAGAUGUGGUUUCCAUGGAUUCCCAGGAGGCGGAAAGUCCCGGCUGUAAACAAGAAGCCUCUAAUUUCAUAGAAGAAGUUCCACAGGUGGCGACAGAUCUGGGAGACGAGGGUGUGGUGCGCAGUCCUGAGAAGGAGGCCCUCUUUGAAGGGCCUUCCUCUCAAGGUGAAGAACAGCACACCCCAGCAUGUCAGACAGGUCGUCUCCUUGGCGACUUCUCCUGCGAUGACGGAACCUCAGAGGGCCAGCCGAACCUGGACUGCAGUCUUUUCUUCACUCCUCUCAAGAACGAAGCUCAGACGUUGGCGGCGGCAGCUUCCAACAACGACCUCAUCGUGUUUUCUCCCCUUCCUUUCCCAGCUGGGGAGAAAUGA